GAGGAGGUGGAGGCUUGAUAAACUCAGUCGCAGCUCUGCAGACUCUCACUUCUGUCCUGCCCCCGCCCCCACAUCCCAGCAGGCCCUGCACCGCCACGGUAAGACCUCCACCACCUCCUCCUCCUCACCUGGCUGCCUGUGUUGUGACUCGGUGUCGUAGUGUCGUUGCUUGUCUACAGCGCCCCCUGCAGUCAUGUGUGAUGAUGAGGAGAGCACCGCUCUGGUCUGCGAUAACGGCUCCGGUCUCUGCAAGGCCGGAUUCGCCGGAGACGACGCCCCCAGAGCCGUCUUUCCUUCCAUCGUGGGCCGGCCCCGGCACCAGGGAGUGAUGGUGGGCAUGGGGCAGAAGGACAGCUACGUGGGUGACGAGGCUCAGAGUAAGAGAGGAAUCCUGACCCUGAAGUACCCCAUCGAACACGGCAUCAUCACUAACUGGGACGACAUGGAGAAGAUCUGGCACCACUCGUUCUACAAUGAGCUGCGAGUGGCUCCAGAGGAACAUCCCACCCUGCUGACUGAGGCGCCACUCAACCCCAAAGCCAACAGGGAGAAGAUGACACAGAUCAUGUUCGAGACCUUCAAUGUUCCCGCCAUGUAUGUGGCCAUCCAGGCCGUCCUAUCACUGUACGCCUCAGGACGUACCACAGGUAUCGUCCUGGACUCAGGUGAUGGCGUCACCCACAAUGUGCCGAUCUACGAGGGCUAUGCCCUACCUCAUGCCAUCAUGAGGUUGGACCUGGCAGGACGUGACCUCACUGACUACCUCAUGAAGAUCCUGACCGAGCGAGGCUACAGCUUUGUCACCACCGCGGAGAGAGAGAUCGUGCGGGACAUCAAGGAAAAGCUGUGCUACGUGGCUCUGGACUUUGAGAACGAGAUGGGGACAGCCGCCACCUCGUCCUCGCUGGAGAAGAGCUACGAGCUUCCUGACGGGCAGGUCAUCACCAUUGGCAAUGAGAGGUUCCGCUGCCCUGAGACGCUAUUCCAGCCCUCCUUCAUCGGUAUGGAGUCGGCCGGUAUCCACGAGACCACCUACAACAGCAUCAUGAAGUGUGACAUCGACAUCCGUAAAGACCUAUACGCCAACAACGUGCUGUCUGGGGGAACCACCAUGUACCCGGGAAUCGCAGACCGCAUGCAGAAGGAGAUCACCGCUCUGGCCCCCAGCACCAUGAAGAUCAAGAUCAUCGCUCCCCCGGAGAGGAAGUACUCGGUGUGGAUCGGCGGUUCCAUCUUGGCCUCACUCUCCACCUUCCAGCAGAUGUGGAUCAGCAAGCAGGAGUACGACGAGGCCGGACCCUCCAUUGUCCACCGCAAGUGCUUCUAAAGGCUGCGCCCGGACCUUCAAGUCCCGCCCCCUCGCCUUCAGCACAACGUUAUUUUAGCCUGCACUGAGCACCCGCUAACAGACCCCAGAUCAGCCCCCAAAAUCAGGCCCGCAGGGACGACAGGAAGUCAGAGAGCGCUCAACAGCGUUAAGUUCAGAGGACAGAAAGUGAUGUCAUGUUUGGUGACGUUUUUGAAGAACUUCCAGAAAGUCAAACAUCUGCCCUCUCUGCUCACCUUCAAACUGUGAAUGUGCCGCUUGCCCUCUGUAACCCUACCACCCCACAUUCCACCUGUGGCCCCGCCCCCUCUGAGCUCCAUGUUGGUGCUGUUUCCUGUCAGAAAGUGCGUUUUUAUUUUUGAUGAAUAAAGCUUGAAUGUUGCCCGCUGGUGUCGUCUUCUAUCGAUCACAUUCACGCGGCGCUCUGAUGAUGUCACACAGUGUAUGAUGAUGUCACUGCUGUUGACCUGUGGGUAGGUGUGACCUCGUGGUGCUGUCUGUAUUAGUAACAUUUGACGAGGUGGUGAUGUGAACGUGGAAGUGACAGUUGAAUGAACCCAGGAAGACAAUAAAGCGCUCUCAUACCUGAA